CCUGUUGCCAAAAAUCGAUAUCAAAUGCGACGCCAUAUUUUUUCCAAAGUUCUUGGUAUGGUUUAAUUUUUCUACCACUAGAAAACAAAAAGUUCGUAAAAAGGUGAUAGAAUUAAAGUGAAUAUAGAACUAAAAUAAUUUUAAAUGUAUGUACAAUAGGUUUCUAAGUAAAAGGUGGAUGAAUGUCCAAUAUUAUACCGAAAUAAUUGCAUAAUAAAAUUUUCUUUGAUACAACCGCCGGGUUAUAUGUAUUCUGAAAAUUAUAGAGAAAAUAUUUUUUCUGUGAGAAAAGUGUAAAGUUAUCAAUCAAAUAAAAAUAAAUAUAAAAAUGGAAGCACCACAAGUAGGCAUGGUAGCACCAGUAGGUCCACAAGUACCACGUGGUGGGGGUUAUCGAGGCAGAGGUGGACCAAUGCGAGGAAGUUUUGAGCGCGGUCGCGGUAGAGGUAUGGGUAGGGGUCACUAUAUGGGCCGUGGCGGUGGAAUGAUGGGUGGAGGUCCUCCACCACAAGGUAUGGGUCCCGGUGGUCGUGGUAUGCGUGCUCCAAGAGGAUCUGGUUAUCAAGGACGCGGAAGCUAUGUGCCCCGUGGUGGUGGACCCCCAAUGAGAGGAGGCCGGCCACCAAUGUAUGCUCAACCAAAGCAACAUACGGGUGCUGAAAACAAUAAAACAGUUUCACCUGUACCAACAGCAAGCUCGGCGACACCAGCACCAGCUGCAGAGGGCGCAGCACCUGAAAUGGCAACUGCCACUAAUGGUAGUGCUCCGUCAUCUGAGGUACCAGUUACAGCUCCGGUAGCAGUAAGUUCUAAUGGUGGUAUCAGCACUAUGCCACCACGAGGACCUCCUCGCGGGCGUGGGUCAUUCUCCCGUGGACGUGGCAGCUAUAAUUCACAUAUGAAUGGUGGUAUGCAUGGUAUGGGUCCUGGUGGAGAACAUGGUCAAAUGCCGAUGCGACGAGGAGGUCCGCCGCGAGGCCGUGGGGGUUACGGCCAAUCAAUUUCCCGACCACCCAUGCACUCACAGCCACAUAGUGCUAAUACCCAAAUAGCACCUGCACCAUCGCUAAAACGAGGCGCACCCGGUGGUCCUCCUGGACCAAAACGUGGCCGUUACGAAGGAGGACCAUACUCACAACGUCCAAUGGUUCCAAAGUAUCAUCAACCAAUGCAACAUGCGGCUCCGAUGGCUCCGCCGGCAAAUUAUGGUGCUCCACCUGCACACCAUCAACAGCAGCAAAGUCAUCACAGUUAUGCGACACAUGAUCAAUCACAAGCUGUUGAUCCGUAUGCCCAAUCAUAUGCACAGGCACCAGCCGCUCAAUCAUCAUACAACGGAUAUGGUCAAAGUGGAUAUGCGUCUUCGGCACAACAAGCAAAUAAUGCUUAUGCGUCACAAGGUGCUGAAUAUGAUCAAAGCCAAUACCAGAGUUAUGGCUCUAGUAGUUAUGGUACCCAACAAGAUACGCGUUAUCAGAGUUAUGGACAGGACUAUACACAACAGUAUGGCGCGCCAGCUGUGGAUUAUAAUACAGCACCGCAGGCCGACUAUUCGCAGCAUGGUCAACAAUCAUAUGACGAACGUGCUUACGCAGGCUAUGACUCACAAUAUCAGCAGGGUUAUUCUAAUGCAGCAGGUUAUUAUUAAGAACCCCUGCAGUAUACAACGGAACACAAAGUAGCGUUUUGAAUAAUAAUACAAGAUGCACAUGGAUGCUGGAGUCUUUGAAAAAUGCUGCAAUUGUAUUAACAGAACGAGAAAAAGAAAAGAUGUAAAUGUUCAUGCCAAAUAUGUUGCGCAUAUAAAUUAAGAAACUUAAAUGAAUAAGAAACAUAUAGGUAACUAAAAGGAAGCAUAGAUUCCCUCACUUAAUUUCACAUAAAAUAAAUAUAAACAAUUCAGUCUAAAUGUUUAAUGUUAAGGCAGAAAAGUAAAAAAUUUAUUUGUUAAAUCCUUAUUAUAAUAAAAAGGCAUAUUUUUAUCCCAUAACAUCCCCCCAUUUACGUCCCAAAUGAUCCUCAGAUAUACCCGAUUUAACAAAAAGAAAAGGUAAACGGACAAAAGAAGUAACUUUCUAAGCUAAUAAAAAGUAAUAAUUCAUAUGAAUUAUUUAGCUUAACUUAAGUAUAAAUAUUGACAAAAGAUUUCCAACAUAAAUUUAUUUUUAACAUUUGACUAGAAUACAUAUAUAUAUAUUUUUUUUUUGAAUAGCCGCAAUAAAUCCACGUCAAUCGUAAUAUAAUUUUUUUUUAUUUGCAAGCAAUGAUUAUUGAAAACAUUUUAGAAUAAUGGGGCAUAAGCAUGCUCUUUAUAUUUCAACAGAAGUAAGAUAGAAAAUAAUUUUAUUGCCAAUAUGGUUACGUACGGCAAAAUGUCUAUAUUUAAAUGUAAGCUAAAACUGACAUUUCUAAGUAUUGAAAAACCAAAAAAAUGAUCAAUUUUACCAGAAUUUGACAAACUAUUAUUUUUUUGUUUUUAGUACAAUAAUGAUACAGACCUUCUUUUGUAAUUUAAUAAAAGCAUUUUUUUUGUACUAAGAAAUAUUCAGUUAAUUGAAAAAAAAAUUGGCUUCUUAUUGUAAAACUAAAUACACAUAAAUAUGUAUGUAGCACUUUAAUAUAAUAUAUACAUACAUAUAUGUAUAUGUAUGAAAUAUAUACAUGUAUAUAUCAAGCACACUUAACUGCAUAUACACGUAUUGUAGAACAUUAUUAUAAAAAGGAAAGAAAAUGAUUUAUGCGAAUUAGAACAUCCUCUAAUAACUAUAUAUAUGCUGAUAUAUGCUAAAACUCAAUAAAAAAUGUUAGUAGUACCAAAAAUUGUUGCAAAUCAUUAAUUUGACUUGAAGUCAGAGACAAAAAAGAAAACAAUCAUCAAUCACUGAAAUAAAAUUAUAUUACUGCUA